AUGAUCAAAAUCGAUGCUUGUUAUCCAUAUGAUCGAUAUCAAUUUCAAUUGUAUACAAAGUUACUGGAUAUAGAUGGACAGCAUAAGACACGAUGUGAUAAAGCAUUGAGGAUUUUGGAUCUUGGCUGUGGUUCCGGUGGUGGUUUAUGUGAAUUACAGACAUUAUAUCCUCAAGCAGAGAUCAGUGGAUUAGAUUUCUCGUCUCAAGCUCUAGCGCGUAGCAAAGAAGUGUGGCAAUACUUUACCGAGAAGAUAUCAGAGUUUCACGACAAGAAGUUACAAUUGUAUCAUCAUUCGUGUGAGAGAAUGACGGGAGUAAUGACCCAUUCAGUGGAUAUUGCUAUUGGUGUACAGAGCUUGCAAGAAGUGAAAAAUCUUGGCAAAGCUGUGAACGAAGUUGCACGUGUACUGAAGCCUGGCGGACUCUUGUUCAUUGCGGACUUUAUUCCACCUGAUGCUGCGGCAGAUCAUUUGGAGCACGUGCUCCUGGCGCCUAUUUCGUCAGCACAAAACAAAGCUCGUGUUUUUGAAAUCGUACAGGAGCAAUUGGUGUCGUUCGAGGUAUCCAUGGGUGCAAAACAAAGCUCUGUCGGUAUGCGGGAACUGAUCCAUCAGUUGAUGCCACAGGAGUUGCAUUCCGAGCUAGAGACUUUUUUCUUUGUUGAAAACUCGCCGCUGUACGAACUGCUACGUCGUGACGAGAUGGGCUACCGUUUACUGUGUUUGCGUAAGACAGACGAGUGUAGCACUGACGAAGAGGAGGAUAGUCAGCAUGUGACCGAUUGGAUUAGCGAUAGCGUAGGCUACUCUUCAGAUGAAGAGAUUCAGGACGACGACGCCCCCAAUUACUAUCCGUACCGGGAAAUAUUUCCUCAACUGGACGUUUUAAAAGACAACUACGAUGUAAUUGUGGAGGAAAUGCAGACCGUGCAGCAAAUGACAACGUGGCCAUUCUGGCCGGAGAAGCACUACACAGAAGGCGACAGCGAGUGGCGCGUGUUUCCAUUUUGCUAUACAUUUCCAGCCAAUGACGCGUCCAAGACAGCUUGGGUAUCUUCAACAUGCUUAAUGUGCCCUCGUACGGCAGAGGUCCUGAAAAAUCUGUCUGGUAUUCGCACAGCGUUAUUUUCAAAACUUGGCCCCAACACGACGCUUAGUGCGCACCAAGGUUGGGCAGACCUGGCCAACCAUGUGUUGCGCGUUCAUUUCCCGCUUAUUGUACCCACACUCUCGAACGGUGAGCCGUGCUGCGCCAUGGUGGUGGGUGGGGAGACUGCCUACCAUGUCGAGCGUGAAUUCAUCGUGUUUGACGACAGCAAGCUACACUACGCAUUCAACCAGCAUCCUGACGCGACACGACUUGUACUUAUCGUCGACUUCUGCCGCCCAGAUCAUUUACCGAGAGGCCAUGCUCGUGGUGGCCACUCGGACGAAUUAAACGAAUUCAUUGAGUCUUUUGGAAAGCAGACGUUGUUCAAUGGUAGCAAAGAAAAGUAA